AUGAAUAAUAUUCCAUCUAUUCCUCAAGUUGGAAAUGUUGAGGGAAAAAUUAAAAAUAAAAUAUCGAGAAAUAAAGCUUGUAGCGAUGAAACUUUAUUUGUUGGAAUAUUAAAUGCUGUUUUUAGGAAAUUUGGCCAGAUAAUUUCAAUUCAUCCUUGGCUUUUUAUUGGGGCAAGUCUUUUGCUGACAAUUUUUUGUUCUUUAAAAAUUCCUUUUACGAAAAUGACAAAUGAUGUUGCUGAUUUUACUCCUUAUGGGGCUAGAGCAAGAAAAGAAAGUGGGGUUUAUGAAGCAUUUUUCUCAAAUAAAGGAGAUCCGGUUGUUCUUUUUGUUUUAAUUACUGCUAAAAGGAAAGGAGGCAAUAUGUUGGGUGUUCAUGAAUUAGAAGAUACUGUCCAAUUAUUAAACAUUAUUAACGAUCAAUACAAAGUUGAAGAUAUUCAAAAAAAUAAUAAUCUCUCAUUUUCCGAUUUUUGUGAUAAUUUCUGUACAAUAAAUGAACCUGUUAGACAUUUUCAUAGCGGUUUACUUUUGGAAAGAAAUUUUGGCAAUUCUUCAUUAGAUCACAUUGAUUUAGGUUAUCCAAUAACAACAGUUUUAGGCAGACAAUUACAUAUGGACCCACAUUUUUUUGGUGUUAAAAUUGCUGUUCCUUUUAACAAAACAAAUAAAAAUAAUUCUGAAAUAAAUAAUCAAAUAAUUUCUGUUAAUGAAUUAAAAAGUAAAAUUUAA